AAAAAAGGUGGCAAUAAAGGAAAAAAGCCAAAAAAGAGUAUAGAGGCAGCUGUUAUUGCUAUUAACAUGGAAGAAAGGAAUUCAGGAAUAAGAAUUUCGGAUGGAGGUUCUAAUAACUCACAUAGGGAAUCACAUACUCCAUCACCUAAUAGUCCUAUUAGGUGUGAAAAUGAGACAACCUCAGAUUAUUCGAAGAGACCUCCAAGGGGCAAAGCAAAGGGGGAUAAAGAUUUUAAGAACAAGGGUCGGUUGAAGUUCAGUUCAAUGUCAGAGGUCAGCCUUAUGGGGAAUAUGAAGCAAGGUUCUCCUCCUUCCUUGGAGUCACAGCAAGAGAGUUCGUACCAUUGACAACUGAGUGGAAAAACCUCACUGAUAAGUACAAAAGUCAAAUUUGGGAACAUAUCAUGCAAAAAUAUAUUGUUCCAGAAAUUUGCAAAAGAAAUGUGUUCCGUAAAAUGAUGAAGUUGUGGCGAGAUUACAGAUCAUUGACAAUGAAAGAAGUGAUGCAGCAAGCUGAAUCGGUAGGCUUACCAUGUGCUGCUGCCCUCCUCAAACCUGAUAAUAUAGAUUCAAUGGAAGUGUGGUUGGAUUUUGUAAAAUCCAGAACCACAGAAGCAUUUAGGGAAAAGUGUGAAAGAUUUAGGUUGAUGCGACAAGGCAGAACCUUAUUGCAUAGAACAAGUAGAAAGAGUUUUGCAUGUCUUGAAGAAGAGCUGAAGCAACAAAGUGAGACACCAGAUGCAAUAACAAGGUCCGAUAUUUGGCUUCGUGCCUAUGAAGUGAAGAAAAAAGCAGGCGAAGAAGUUGAGGAUCCAGAAAUAGUGAAACUAGUACGAAAGUACAAGGAAGAAGAAGAAGUAACACAACCGUGUUCGAUAAAAACUUAUGCUGUUGCAAGGGCACUUGGUCCUGACCCGCGAGGACGAGUUAGAGGACUUGGGUUUGGUGCACUCCCUUCAAAAGUGGAUGGUCAGAUACACGUUGCUAAUAAGGUCACUAUGCUAGAGAAUGCUCUUGCUGCUCAAACACAACAGGUGGACCGAUUGACAGAGUUAGUGCAAGGUCUCGUUGCUCGGCUAGACAAAGGAGAGAAUGUCAAUGAAAACACAAGUGUGCAACAGUCUGCUAAUUGGAUUGCACAAAGAAAACGAAAAGAGAAUCUGAACUGUUCUGGUGAUAUAGCACAAAGCAAGCAGAAAGAUGCUAGUGUUAUAAGUUCUAACAGGGAGAGGAGCAGUAGGGAGCAAAUCAAAGAAAAUACCUACGGAAAGGAGCCACAUUUGGGAAACGGUAGGCCAAAAAAGAGCCAAAAGACAGAUGCAGCUGAAAAAGUGUACUUGCUAAGUUGGUUUGCUAAAGAAGAAGAAGUCGUUGCUACUGGUGGCAUUUUGUCAAAAGAUCCAGAAGCUUUGGUGCAUCAUGUGCCUCUAGGCCAUGAUUGUUGGAAAAUUUCAGUGCACGAAGUUUUUUAUGAUAUAGCUUUGUAUCAACCGACAAGUGAGUUCAAUAAGCUUGAUGCAUCUAGAGGAAGUGUAAUCGCAUGGCCUAUCAAAUAUAUCAAGGUGAAUUUGGCUGUCAAUUGAGGCUCUAUGAUGUGCGACUUCUUUAUGGGAAAUGGUUGGCAUGUGGCAUCGUAUCAAGCUAUCAUCAGCUCCUUCAAGUACUCAUGUAAUCAAUCGGAAGACAAUUCUAAUCUAGCUAGCAUGUUAUAUAUUUGAAAACCAGUUUAA